AUGACGAACACCGCGUCGCUCCGAACGAAGGCGGGCCGCCGCGCGUCGUUGCUGGCCGGAGUGUUGGUCGGUGCCCUGCUCGCCACCGGGGCGGACGCGCAGGCCGCCACGCGCCCCACCGCAGAGUCCGCGGGCUUGAAUGCCCCCUCGACGUACGGUAUCGACUGGACCGACGUUCCGACCGAGCCGACGAAGACGGUGGUCAAGGUCACGGCUGAGAACUGCCUGUGCGACCUCACCGAGGGAACCUGCGACGCCAACUGCUGCUGCGACCCCGACUGCGAUUCCAACGAGAAGGCGCAGUUCACCGAAUGCGCGACUUGCGUUUACGACGGAGCCAACGCGGCCAUGAACGGCAAGGUGUGCCUCCCCGAGGGUCGCAGCCCUCCAUCACUGGAGUACUGCUUGCCCAGCUCGACGGUGUCGAGGGUCAACCUGCUCAGCAGCAGCAGCCUCGGUGUUGUCGAGCAGCGAAAGGCAGACAUGUCCUUCCUCUCGCAGCAGCUCUGCAUCAAGGAUGACAACAGCGCCUCGCUGGGAAAGUACUUCCUCGACCCGGGCUUUGCCACUGACGACAUCCUGAAGAGCUCGGUCACGCUCCAGAGCGAGAGAUUCUGGAAUCCCGUGCCCGCAGCCGCGUCCGAGACCCAGCCCAAGUACCGCCACAACGACACCAUCGGUGUCGUAAAAGCCGCAUCUGAGCCGCUGUUGCCCGGAAACAAGUUUGUGCUCCCAGGAGCCACGUUCAGCGGCGUGUGCGGAUGGACCAACGUGAUUGGGUACAAUAUGCCACUUCCCGCGUCCGCUGCUUCGGAAGAUGCCACCUGCCUGGUGCCCAUUGACGACACACUCUCGAAGAGUUGUACGACUCUCUUGAACGCCAAGUACCUGGUCAACGACCUCAAGCUGGCGAAGACUCCCGGAAGCAGCGCAACCCCGACGGAGGCUCCUACAAUCUCUUCCAUGAAGUACCGCUCUCGAAUUGGCGGCAAACUCACAGAUUUGACGGGUACAGUCCCUGCCGCGACGUUCACCGACGGCAGCGGCGGCUCUGGCGCUGCAGACACGUGUAAUUUCGCAGUCGUUGAGGCACACUACGUCAUCACGCACGACGGCAGUGGUUCCAUCAGCAGCUUUGCCGUUGACCUCGUCUUUGCCGACGUCAUGACCAGCACCAGGUGGUCAGCCGUGUACAAUGCCAAUGGUGCCCUGGCAGACCCGGGCAACCCCUCGUCCGUGCGUGUCAAGUACACGGUGUCCUGGAAACUCAGCGCCGAGACGGUGGUGCCCAGAAGCGGCGCGCCGGGUUACGUGGUUGGCGCUCCCCUCUUGGCAGGUACCAAAGACACGAGCUCUGGCAAAAAUGCCGUCGCACGUCUGAAGGAUGGCCUGACCAUACCUGGCGCGGGCCCCGAUGGGAGAUGCAGCGGCAACGGCAAGUCUACCGUGCGCUUCGGCAUGUCUCAAUCGAGCUCUUGCGCCAUCCCUCUCUCGCAAGAUAAUCUCAAGACUUUCUGCCAGGGCAGCGGCGACAAGGCAGUGGCCGACUACUUGUACGAUCUCAUCAGCGUGAACGGCGUGCUGGGUGGCACCACGCCUGACAAAACCAAGGCGCCUGGUUCAUCCGUGCCGCUUCCUGCCCAGCUCAUGGACGGUCUCCUGUAUGGAACGUUGGAUAGCAACUACGAUCUCAGCGCAAAGACGGUGAUGGUGGCUGCGUGGGCCAACGCGAAUUACGAGAACAUCGCUGACUGGAAGUCGUGCGAUGCAACCGACACGACCGACUGCGCCACGGAGCUGACCGCCGCAGAGCAGCUCACCAAACCCUCCGGGGACUCAGCCAUGUCUUGGGAUGAAACGACAAAGACAUGCAAAAACGUCGCUGUCGGCGUCAACAUCGACGUGCUCACUGCCAAGGUUGGCCACCUCGACCACGCGCAGUCUAAGGUCCAGCGGGUGAAGGUGAGCUGGAAUCUCGCGGACUGGACCUACACGGACUUUCCUUGGGACAACGCCGCCGACGACCGUCAGGACUUUAUGCUGAAGUCCACGGUGCACUUUGUGGAGAUGGCUCAGGAUGCUCCGGAGGGUGUGAAACCUGCGUCCCCUCCCAUCCUGCCGACGCUCCCAGCGGAUGUCUUCUAUCCAUUCCUCAGCGCCGGGCCCGCCGGUGGGCGCGCUGCGGCUUCGGCGGCGUGGUGUGUGGCUCUCGUUGCAGCCAUAUUUGUGGCUUGGGUGACGGCUCGCGGAGACGAUUCGUACUGAGAGAGAGGCGUCUUUGUUUGUCAAAUGUUAAUAUACUACGUGAUACUCCCUCU